AUGGCUUCGGGGGCCGCAUUGUCGAUUUUAAUAACACUUGUUUGCUAUGUUUUGCCGAUGAUAUUAGCAUUUGCAUACGGCUUCUACAUCAUUUGCAAUAUCAAGUACGAAGACUCGGAGAGUGAAGAAACCUGCGAAAAAUGUAACAGCAGAGAAAGAAGUCUCGACCAAAUUUUCGGCAAUGAAAGCAAAAUGAAAGGAGCUGCAAUUAUUACUUGCUCAAAUUGCUUCGUUUACUGUGGAUGCAAAGAUGACCCUGAAGUCGGCAAAGACGAAGACAUAAAUAAUCAGGGCACAACCAACUACGGGGCUUCGAUUCACACUCUCCCCCAAAUUCCACUUGCCAACGGAACUGGGCAGCAAAGCGAAGUCUUGCAACGAAUGGAAGAAAUUGGACAAAAGCUGGGUCAAAAUCGCAGGUUUUCUUCCCAGCGAGGAUCAAUGGUUUCGAUGCAGCAGCCAGAGAGCUCGAGGAGAAAUUCAAGAACCACGAAGAGAAACUCUCUUAUUGACGAUUACCGAAAGACUCAACAGCUUGAGAAUCUCACUGAAGAGACUGCUUCGGACGGAUUCUUGAGCUCUAUUUCUACACCACUGCCGACGGCCGGUUACGACAGUAUUCCGGAUGGCGGCCCAACUUCCGCCAAAUCCAAUAGCAACGCGUUUAAAUUUCCUUCUUCGGAACGACACGGUGACUCUCACCAGGCUUGA